CGGCGACGAAGCCUCACGUGACUGGCCAGCGCCGACUCGCGCGCCUCCCUCCACCGGCCCACUGGCCGUUGGUCGUCCCUUCUCGGUACCUGUUCCCGGCGGUCCUGCGGGCGUGCGGGCUAGGGGCGGCCCAGGAACCGGGAGGCGGAGCAGGUCUGCGGGUCCAGGCGGCGCACCUGGCAGCGAGGAUCGGGAGGAAGACGAGGAGGAGGAGACUGCCAGGAUAGGCCCAGGAGUAAUGGAGUCCAAAGAGGAACAAGCGGGCCAAAAUCUCAAUGUGGAAAAUGCCCUCCAGGAAAAUGAAGAAAAGGACGAAAAGGAGCAAGACGCUAACAAAGCAGAGCCCUUGGCACUCCCUUUGGAAGCUGGUGAAUACUGUGUGCCUAGAGGAAGCCAUAGGCAACUCCGAGUUAGGCAGCCCAUCCUGCAGUAUAGAUGGGACAUGAUUCAGAGGCUUGGAGAGCCACAGGCAAGGAUGAGAGAAGAGAAUGUAGAAAGGAUUGGGGAGGAGGUGAGACAGCUGAUGGAAAAACUGAGGGGAAAGCAAUUGAGUCAUAGUCUGCGGGCAGUUAGCACUGACCCCCCUCACCAUGACCAUCAUGAUGAGUUUUGCCUUGUGCCAUGAAUUCUGAUGUUAAUAGGUAGACCCCUGCUUCCUAAACUUACGUGUGUAAGGCACCUUUGUUGUAAACCUUUCGAUGCUGCUUGUUUCUGAUGGGUCUCCUAUUACCAGCUUCUGACUGAAUGUCGUGUUUUUGACCCAGUCUGUAAGUUUCUGUCAGCAGGGGAGUUUUACCUAUUGCCUGGAAACAUGCUCAUUAUAUUGUGAAGUUAAUAAAGCAGUUU